CUCCAGGGCGCCGGGGGCCUCGGAGGACCCCAGCGACAGCUGUGGCGUAGAGCCGGGUAGACGAGGCGGUGGCGGGCGUAGGAAUUGACUGAGCAGGUUGCCUGUGGAACGUUUUUCUGUGGUCGCCUUCACCACCUUUGCUGAUUGCUGUGUACCUGGCGCCAUGUCUGUGAGCGAAAUCUUCGUAGAGCUGCAGGGCUUUUUGGCUGCCGAACAGGACAUCCGAGAGGAAAUCCGAAAAGUUGUACAGAGUUUAGAACAAACAGCUCGAGAGAUUUUAACUCUACUGCAAGGGGUCCAUCAGGGUGCUGGGUUUCAGGACAUUCCAAAGAGGUGUUUGAAAGCUCGAGAACAUUUUGGCACAGUAAAAACACAUCUAACAUCAUUGAAGACCAAGUUCCCUGCUGAACAGUAUUACAGGUUUCAUGAGCACUGGAGGUUUGUGUUGCAGCGCUUGGUCUUCUUGGCAGCAUUUGUUGUAUAUUUGGAAACAGAAACACUAGUGACCCGAGAAGCAGUUACAGAAAUUCUUGGCAUUGAACCAGAUCGGGAGAAAGGUUUUCAUCUGGAUGUAGAAGAUUAUCUCUCAGGAGUUUUAAUUCUUGCUAGUGAACUGUCGAGGCUGUCUGUUAACAGUGUGACUGCUGGAGACUACUCCCGGCCCCUCCACAUCUCUACUUUCAUCAAUGAGCUGGAUUCCGGUUUCCGCCUUCUCAACCUGAAAAACGACUCUCUGAGGAAGCGCUAUGAUGGCUUGAAGUAUGAUGUGAAGAAAGUAGAGGAGGUGGUUUAUGAUCUCUCCAUCCGGGGCUUCAAUAAGGAAACGGCAGCAGCUUGUGUUGAAAAAUAGGAGGCUCUCCCUGCUCCUGGCCUUGCUGACCCAGCAGUUGCCAGGGAUGGGUGAGCACAGAGUGCCUCUUUCUGUAGUUGGGAUGCCCAGUUGCUAAGCACUGUGCUUUAUUUUCUUAACCAGUUGUGUGCUGUGAGUAAAAGAAUUGAAACACUUUUUUGGGAGUUAAAAUUAGGCUUUACAUGGACAGAGUUUUCAUUGUUGUUUUGGUGAAUUUGCUCUGUAAUUUGUUGUAUUUCAGUUGUGUCAAAAAGUGUAAAUGUUAGUCUCUUGGUAAAGUCCUUUUCUUGCUUACCCUGACUGGUGAUGUACUGAUUGAGAAGUUUAUUGUGUCGUUUGUGAUUCUUCCAGAAGUGACACUUGAUAUUUUCUAUAUUCAAAUUAGCCAUCCAUUCCCAGCUAUAGCCUGGAUACAGUAGAAAAAUUAAAAAGGAUGCUUGACAAGCAAAGAGAACAUACUUUUUUCUUCCUUAUUUAAGCUUUGUGAGUAAAUUGGAUUUUGAAUUUUUUGCAAAGGGAAUUAUAGGCCUGGGUUUUUUCUCCCUGCCAUUAAAAUAUAAAAGAUUAAAUUGCAAAGUCAAGCUCCAACAGAUUAUUUUGGAACAUUUUUGUAUUAAGGGAUUUAGUAACAUCUUAUUUGGUUAUAUCAGGUGGGGAACCGGGCUUAGUGUUUUAGAACACCUCUGCUUUCUGAUGUUGCCUUAACAUUCUGCUAUUGCAGCAAUUAAAAGUAGUCUUCACAAACAUCUUGAACUGACACUUAAUGUGAUAUAUUAUUAACCUAUGAAACCUUUUUCUUAGCAGCCAGCUGGACCAUUUGGUCUGGGACUAUAAAACUAUCCACAUGUUAAAUAGCAAUACCUCAAUGAAGAUGUUCUUAAAGAAAAACGUUAUGCUUGAUCUUGAAGAAAGAUAAAAUAUCAGCUUAAACAAUUUUUGUUGGUGCCCCCGUUUCCUCCCCCAUUUUCAUAUAUUAAUGAGUGCUUACCAUGUAACUCUUGCUGUUGAAUUGAAAUUAUUAAAAUGGUGACUUAGGCUGGGCUGUAGUUCAGUGGUGGAGUACUUGCAUAGCAUGCCCAAGGUCCUAGAUUCAAGCUCUACUCUUGAGCAUGUGUGCACACAUCCAUACCUGCAUACACGCAUGCGCGCACACGCGCGCGUUCACACACACACACACACACACACACACACACACACACACACACAGUGGUACCCUGAAAGGAAGUUGCUAGUGUUUCCAGAAUAAUAUAUGCUAUUUAAAAGUGUUACUGUUUGUUGCCUAAUACCAAUUUGGGUUAGUGUUUGUGCAGUGGGAUAUUUGACAUUGCUUUGAUAACUUUUUACUACACCCAGUUAAGUGUUGACAUUUUUUCAUCAUGAGAAAAGUGGAAACAAGGUAUGAGUAGUUCUGCCCUUCUGGGCUUUACAAUAAUUUUUUUAACAGUUCUUUUUGCAGAGUUUAAAGGCAAGGUGUUAGGUUGUUAAAAAUGCUUAGGUAGUUGCUUAAAAUGUGCAGUAAUAGCAUUGCCUGGAUUGAGCAUUCAUGAUCAGGUACAAAAAGUAAAGUUCUUGCCAGAAGUUGUGGAUUUUGGGGAACGGGAGCAUUGGUGGAAUGGGGUUUUGCUAUGUUGUCCAGGCUGUUCUUGAACUCCUGGGCUUAAAGCUGCCUCCUGUCUCAGCCUUCUGAGCUGCUGGGACUACAGAGGUGUGCCACCUUGCCUGGCUCUUGAAAUUUCAGUUUUAACUCACUUUUAAGAGAAACACAUUCUGGUCUUCAGCUCCAUUUGAGAAUUUAGAAGUGUCAUGUUUAUAGUUAUUCAGUUGUAUUCACUGCUGGCUUGUAAAGUGAUAAAAUACUUUUUUUUUUGUCUUUGUAACUUAGUGUGCCCCUGUGAGAACUUUUCCAUGUGGAGAAUAAAUUUUGACUUUUUUGAGGUUGAAAACCAAAGAAUGAUAA